AUGCUGUCGCACUUCCCAUGGAAGCGCAGCGUGCUUGUGCGUUCUGGCCUUGGCGUCGUCUCUGCUCGCGUGAGGCACACCGACGCGGCGGGAGUGCGUCGGCGCCGCUUGCUUUAUCCGUGCAUCUCGCUUGCCAGUAGCAUAUCAUGCCAUCUAACCUCGACGCGUCAGCUGUUCAGCAGCUGGUGGAUUUCAAAAUCAGGGCCGACAACUACGGACGGCCAGAACUCAACAGCAGCAGCGUGCGAGGACUCCAGUGCAACGGAAUCGGACACUUCUUUGAUCGCUGUACAGGCAUCUGCGUUGGCAAGCGAAGUUCAGCAACUCCACCAGCAGGUGAGCGAUCUCAAGGAGGCCCUUGAGGAUAGUCAAGAAGCUCUCAAGCAGCUCUUGAUCUUGUCCGCGUCGCAGACGCCGCAUCCAGCGUGGGGAACCGCCGCAGCGGCAGAUGCGUCGACACCCGCGGCUACCACCGCUUCUGCUUCAGUCCCAUCUCUGGACGGUUGUCGGCACCGACAAGGCGCCUGCUGUGUUGUGCGCACGAGCGAGGAGCUCAUGAGCGCCCUGCGCGGACACGGCAGCGAGCGCGCCUCGCGCACGGUACUACUGGACGGGAAGCUGUUCAUCCUCGACCCCUACGCUCCCAUUGUAGUCAACCGAACACGCGUGUCCAUUGUAGGAAAUAACGCUAUCAUCAUUGGGCGAAUCGCCGUGAAAGGCUGCGGCGCGCUGCUGUCCGCCUCGGAUGUCUUCUUCCUGGAACCAGGCGACAUGUUGCACCGGAGCACGACCCAUAGCGGUGACGACGAGGCCUCCGCUACUGCUGCUGCUGAGGUGACGGCGCCGCUCUGGAUCAACCCAACGGGCCGAAAGGAGAAGGGUGCUGCCGAGUUCCUCAUGCCGGUCAUCAGUGCCACCGUCGGCGCCGGUGUGCACCUGAACCGCUGCACGCUGAGCAGCGGCCGAGAUGGCGUCUAUCUGGGCACGGGCAGCUACUGCACCCUCAACCGCGUUCGUAUCGUGAACUGCAUCCGCGGGCUGUAUGAGGGGGUUGGCUGCCGUACCUCAAUGCUGUCGGCGUGCACGUUCCAGUCCAAUCGGUAUCACAUGGUGCUGCUGGGGCCCAACAACGCUGAGCGAGCCGCGCGGAUGUUCCGCGGAGCGUCGGGCGCUCGCACUGCGGCGGUGGCGAGCCCGAGCGGUGCAGCGGACGCGGAGGGGACAGCUUACUCGGUGGUGUUCACGAGCGCUGCCUCGGCUGCAGACAUCCUCGCGCUCGGCUUCACCAGCGACGGUGCCAUUGCGACGCAGCAGACGAAGGCGCAGGUAGUGCUGCAGCAUUGCCCUAUCACAGACGUUUACAGCGACUGCUGGUGCGAUGGGGCCAAAGUGGAGCUGUCUGCGCAAGACGCGACGGCCGGGCUCAGUGACCCUCUCUUCUAG